ACAAUCAAUUGAUCUGAAAGACUUAAUUUGAUACGGAGCUUAAUUGUCUCUGUAGAUUCUUAUAUCUGGUGUUAGGUAUUUUGAUAUUUCAGAGCACAAUGUCACAUACACAGUCGCAACGGUACCUCAGUACGAGGGGCGCAUCAUAUGGCCUUUCAUUCGAAGAAGUAGUCUUGAAAGGUCUCGCUUCUGACGGCGGUCUUUUCAUCCCCGAACAAAUCCCCUCACUUCCUGCUGGAUGGGAAACAGAAUGGCGCGAUCUAAGCUUCGAGGAACUCGCCUUCCGAAUCUUCUCACUUUACAUUUCCACCAGCGAAAUCCCCUCGGACGACUUGAACGAUAUCAUACGUCGCUCAUAUUCCACAUUCCGACAUAAACAGCGUACCCCGCUGGUCGAGCUCAACAAGGACAAGAAACUCUACCUCCUCGAACUUUUCCACGGCCCGACAUUCGCAUUCAAGGACGUCGCUUUACAAUUUCUGGGAAAUAUGUUUGAAUACUUCCUUAUACGGAAAAAUAAGGGUAAGGAAGGAAAAGACCGCCAUCAUCUUACCGUUAUUGGUGCAACAAGUGGCGAUACUGGUUCUGCGGCUAUCUAUGGAUUGCGGGGAAAGAAGGAUGUCUCUGUCUUCAUCUUGUUCCCGAAGGGAAAGGUAUCUCCUAUUCAGCAAGCUCAGAUGACUACCGUCUUGGACGCGAACGUGCACAACUUGGUGGUGGAGGGAACGUUUGACGAUUGUCAGGAUAUGCUUAAAUCGCUGUUUGCUGAUCCCGAUCUCAACUCGACACAUAAUGUUGCCGCGGUCAACUCGAUCAAUUGGUGCCGUAUAUUGGCACAGAUCUCAUACUAUUUCUAUUCGUAUUUCCAGUUGACAAAACAAGUUGGUUCGGAACCAGUUCGUUUCGUUGUUCCAUCUGGUAACUUUGGUGACAUUCUUGCGGGAUGGUUCGCGAAGCGAAUGGGUCUUCCGGCUGAGAAACUUGUCAUAGCCACGAACGAGAAUGAUAUUCUUGACCGUUUCUUCAAGAGCGCUGGCCAUUAUACUAAGAAGCCUAUCCGGGGUAAGGCCGCCGAGGGUGGCCUGCCACAAGACGGCGUAAAAGCACAUGAGGAAGGUGUCAAGGAGACAUUCAGCCCAGCAAUGGACAUCCUCGUCAGCAGCAACUUCGAGCGACUGUUAUGGUUCUUGACCUUCGACUCUGAAUCAGGCUCAAUUGACGAGCGACGCCAAAACGCCAGCAAGCAGAUCAGCGCUUGGUUGAGUGAGCUGAAAUCCAAGGGUGGAUUCAGCGUCACGGAAGCCGUUCUCGAAGGCGCCAAGAAGGAAUUCGAGAGCGAGCGUGUCAGUGAUGAAGAAACCCUCGAAAUCAUUCGCAAAAUAUAUACUUCUUCUUUCCCGGCAAAUCUUGGUCCUGGAAGUGCACACAGCUCCAAGACCGGCGGCUACAUCCUUGAUCCGCACUCUGCAGUCGGUGUCGGUGCUGCCCUACGAUCCAUCGAGCGCAGUCCCGGUGCGUACCACAUUUCAUUGUCAACUGCUCACCCGGCCAAAUUCGGCAAUGCAGUUGAUUUGGCUCUUCGCGGCCAAGAAGGCUACGACUUUAGUGAGGUAUUACCGCAGGAAUUUGUUGGUCUAGAGCAAAAGGAGAGCCGAGAGACGCCUGUUGCUGCUAGAUUGGGAUGGCAAGGUGUGCGAGAGAUUGUCAAGGCUGAAAUCGAGCAAGAGCUUCAGGGCCUUCGAUGAUUGAGUUUCCCAAUCAAGGGUGUUUUGGGAUAAAAGUUGUUCAUGCUUUAUGUGAUGAGAAGAAAUCUUCGUCCGUAAUUAUUACCGUCUAUUUUAGAAGAAGUGGUUUGAUAAUUAAGUUAGAAAAGGAGUUUUACGUAAGCACAUAAUUACAAAUCGAUCUCACAUGCUCAGCUUUG